AUGGCAAACACCAACAAGCCUCUGGAAAGCAAGUCCAACAUCAGACCCAUGGAGCUCUGGGGCCUGUCAGUCAUCGACGAUGGCAAAGCAAUACCCUCAGCACAGCGCAUUCACCGUAAAUGCAGCCAUGGCGGGUCUUUUGAUAAAACAAGUAAUGAGGAUCCUGUGGGCGGUAUCAAUAAGGAUACACGAAACUCCAACCAUGGCUUCCUUCACCAGGAAGCAGCAGAUCUGGCACUUGAUGCCACAUUGGAGUUACUGGAAGACAUCAGAGUUGCAGUUGGAGACAUGAACUUUCUGCGAUUGAUGGGUCUUUCCCAGUCCUCUCCUCUGUGUUUUGUGAUUGACACCACCAGCAGUAUGAGCGAUGACAUCGCUGCAGUUCGGGAGGCUACUCUUCGGAUUAUUGACAGCAGGACAGGAACACUGGCGGAGCCUUCUCUAUACAUUCUGGUACCUUUCAAUGACACAGGUUUUGGACCUUUGUUGAGGACAGCAGAUCCAGAUGACUUCAAAGCCAGUAUUAACAGACUCACUGCAAUGGAAGGAGGAGACAACCCAGAACUGAGUCUGUCUGGACUACGACUUGCUCUAUCUGCUGCUCCACCGGCAUCCAAUAUUUUCAUCUUCACUGAUGCUCCUGCCAAAGAUAUAACUCUGACAAACGCCGUCACAGCACUAAUAGAGAGUACAAAGUCUGUGGUAACUUUCAUGUUGACAGAUGUGUUUCCUGCUCGGCGUCGCCGCCGCCGCCAAAGUGAUAGUCAAAAUCCAUUGACACGUAGCCUGACCCAGGCACAGACUGAGCUAUACCGGGACUUAGCCCAGGCCUCUGGGGGUCAGACCAUCGAGGUCAGCAAGUUAGAUCUUACUCAGGCCACUGCUGUUAUAGAAGACCUAUCAGCCAACGCUGUGGUGACAGUUUUCCAAGCAACAGUUGAUCCAGGACGUCGUGACAAUUUCCCUUUUGCUAUUGAUGCAUCAAUCACUAACAUUAUCAUUUACAUAACAGGAGUGCAGGCAUCUCUCACCUUCAGACUCACCAGCUCAACAGGAGUAUCACAGAAUUCAUCUGAGCCCAGUGGUCCGUUGGCAACCUUCUCCACUGUGGGAAACCUUCGCCAGAUAAGCCUAAACAGCACUAAUGACACCGGAAUGUGGGAAAUCAGUGUUAACUCUAGUAGUCCAUACAUUGUUAAGAUCACAGGAGGAAAUGUGACUCUCCUGGUCACUUUGACGGGAAGUGACUCAGCAACAGUCACAAAUGUGACUCUCUUUGACAGCUCAAGUAUGUCAGAGAUCAAUGGGUCGGUGCAGUCAUUGGGAAGCAACGACUACUUGGUAAGAUUCAGAGAAGUCCCUGCAGGGGACUUUGUGGUUCGCCUUGUAUGUGAGGACGGCGGCUCCACCUCCAAGACCGCAUCUGACAGAUUCCAGAGACAAAGCACCACUCAGCUUAGGACUUCCAGCCUUUCUGUUACUGCUCAAGCUAACAGCAGCAACAUCGAGCCGGGUUCCUCUCUCUCUUUCCCUUUCACUGUGUCCUCCAGUGAAAGCGGGACAUUCUCAUUGCAAGUAAGCAAUGACCGCAGCUAUGACACCACUGCACCCAACAGUGUCACCAUUGCAUCAGGCGGCGGAGGUGAGGCCAACGGCACGGUGACCCUAACCGUGCCGACCAGCGCCGCAUCAGGGACUGACGUGACCGUCACCAUCGAGGUCGAAAAUGCAGCUGCCACCGAAAUGAACUUUGCUGUGCUCAGGUUUUCAGUGGUAACCCAGGCAACAGAUAUAUCCAGUCCUGUGUGCCAAGUAGUCAAUACAACUGGUAUCUGCCCUGCUGCUUCCUCUCUCUGCGCCACCACCCAGUGGGAGUUCAUCGCUAAUCUCACUGAUGGCAUCAACGGCACUGGUAUUGUGACCAUGUCCCUCCGCCAAGGGAAUGGUACUCUGAAUACCAGCAUGGAGGUGGGACCUGGGGGCGAGAACGUCACAGUGAUCACAUACAGCUCUUCAUGCUGCUCACAGAGUGUGGAGGUGGCAGCUGUGGACGGGGUGGGGAAUGUGGGGCGAUGUGUGGGACAGGCGAGGGUGAUGACGACACCUGCCCCCAACACUACAACAACUACACCAACAACUACACCCAAUAUGACCACUGUACCCACUUCUCCAGCUGCAACCACAACUCCAGCUGUAACCGACUCCACUGGAGGGCGCAAGCUCAAUAUAUACAGUCUUGUUGUCAGUAUUAUGGUUUCCUUCAUUUGGAAACACAAAUGAAUUCAGACAUCACCUCCAUCCUUUCAUCAGUUAUAAUACGGGAGUGGAAUAUAUUUAAGUUUCUCGGGUGACUGCUUCAUGAUCAUUUAAAAAUACCUUAAUUUUGGAGGGAAAAUCAUUAAAC